CUUCCUGCACUCAAACUCCCUCCCUCCAUUGGUAAGUAUAACUCUUAGUUAAUUAGAAUUUUUUGACUAACUGGCAUCCCCCAUUCCCCCCAACAUGCCAGAUAAAGCUUUUCCUGUACCUUUUUGUUCCUUGCCUUGGAUUUGCUGAUCAGUGACAUGCCUCUUUGCCUGGCUCUAUCUAGAGUCUGUAGCCUACAGGAAUUUGGACAGAGUGGUACAGACAUCGCCGAUAGAGACUGCGAUCACUGACUAUUCCUUUAAAUGCAGUCUCAUGACUUAGACCUUACUCCACCACAUAUUAAAGAAGGGGACAGAAGUACAUACGGAGCUCCAGCUCAGCCGCACAGGACACAGCAAGGCAAUUAAAUACAGCAAACUGUGUAAUUAUCUGUGGGAGAUAUUCCAUAGGGUGCCUUCAUGUUGCCCCUUGUCUUCACUGUGCUCGUUCUGUACUCUUGCUUCUUAACCAGUGGAAGCUGUGACCUCUAUGAUGAGCUAAAGGAGUUGAAAACUGAAUUUGACAUCAAUCUCUACCAGCGAUUAGCAGAACCAGAGAACAGAACUAACUUGAUAGUUGCACCAGCAAGUGUGUCUAUUUCUUUGGGGCUACUGCAGUUUGGAGCUCGAGGAAACACCUUUAUGCAGCUGGAAAAUGCUCUUGGAUACAACAUCCACGAUCCAAAAGUGCAGGACUUCUUGCAUACCGGAUACGAAGAAGUGACCAACUCUAGCCAAGGCCCUGUAGUUCAGCUGGCAUGUGCCCUAUUUGUGCAAGCUGGAGUUCAUCUGUCUCCUGACUUCAUUGAACAUACUGCACUCUGGGCAAACAGCAGCCUGCAAAAAAUCAACUUCAGUGAGCCUAACAGCACUGCUGCACAGAUAAAUGAAUGGGUUACCGGUAACACUGAAGGUGGAGAAGCAGACUGCAUACAUCUGGAUACAGUUGGUUCACCACUUACUCAGAUGGCUGUGGUGAGCACCAUGUAUUUCAAAAGCACGUGGCAAAAGAAAUUCUCUUUCACAGAUACUCAGUCCUUGCCUUUUACCACUGCGGAGGGUGUCACCCUGAAAGUGCCCACAAUGUACCACAUGGCUGAAGUCAAUUAUGGUCAGUUCCACACCGCAUCGCUGGAGCGGUUCAGUGUAGCCGAGUUGCCUUAUCUGGGGGAGACAGUCAGCAUGUUUGUGGUGCUUCCCAGUGAUAGGAGGACAUCUCUGACCCAGAUUGAGUCACAUCUCUCAGCUAAAAUCAUCACUGUUUGGGCCAACAGCUUAAAGAGAAUGAAGAUGGAUAUUUUUCUACCUAGAUUCAGAAUUCAAAGUCACUUUGACUUAAAAAUGGUUUUACCUGCCUUGGGAAUUACAGACAUGUUUGAUCCAACUGAGGCUGAUUUUAAAGGUAUUUCAGAGCAAGGCGGGCUUUACAUUUCAGAAGCUAUUCAUAAAGCAAAGAUUGAAGUGACAGAAGAAGGUACGAAAGCAUCAGGAGCUACAGCUAUGGUGCUAUUAAAAAGAUCUCGAACUCCUAUCUUCAAAGCAGACAGACCUUUUCUCUUUUUCCUAAGGCAUGCCAAUACAGGCUCGGUGCUCUUUAUAGGAAGAGUUACAAAUCCCUCAGAAUAAGUGUGUCCAAUGCACCCUCCCCUUAUUCCUUCUGCAGCCAUCUUUCCUUCAGUGAAACUGAGGUGCACUGUGCAUAUUUAUUAAAAACUGGAUACUUGUGGAUUUUUUGCAAAAUAAUUUUAAGGAAGAGUGGAUAAAUGUUUAACCAAAUAACCUUGUAAAUAAAAUGUAUUACAUUUGCAUUUUGUGUAGAGUGCUUUUAUUUUGUAGCUGUAUAAAAGCAUCUUUUACUCUUUUUAAAAAUGGUUGGAGUCACAAGGUAACAGGAGACUGGCUAAAACCAACAGAAUGUAUUACAGUUAUUCGUGUUCUUUGCUCACAAGACUGAGUUAGCUGAGAGGAGGCAAUACCAGCCCACCACAAAGCUUUACAUUAGCUGCUAUUUUUCAAGUGGUGGU